UGUGAAGCGUGUGGAGAUGAGCUCGGAGCGGUUGGUGAGGAUGGUGUCGCAGUUGGCACAGGAGAAGAGACGUGUGCCUCCAAUGUGGUCUAGAAAAAUCCGCCCCAUCACGCUUACUGCUGAGACACACACAGAGAAGUAGACCGGCAUGCAGAGGUCUGGUUUCUUCAUCCUCCCAUCUUCCUGUGACUAUCAUAACCCAUAAUGGAGAUCACACAUGCGGUAUGUGUUGUUAUAUGCCUCAGAUGCUCUGGUGCCAGUUGGGGAGUCUGAGUCCAGCAGUCUAUCCCAGGAGCCUGACCAGAGCCCUGACAUUUAUCCCUCCUUCCUGUGUGCCUCCCCUGGCCCUUCACUAUCCCCUCCAUCCUCAGUGCACAAAGUAAGGCCGUCAGAUGUGGGUGUGGUAUCCGCUUUGGGAUUGCACAGUCCACAAGCGACCCACGUUUUCCACAUGAUGGCUGAGAUCUUGUCCCUGUUUAAUCCACAUCUGGCCACCCUGCUUCCAGAUGUGUCUACCUUCAAAAACAGGGAUCUGCUUGAGCAAGCAGAGGAUUUGGCUUCGUCCCUCAGCAGUCACGAGGUUGUGGAAGGAGAGCAGUUCUGGAGGCUAUUGCUUGUGUUCGUCAGUGUGGAUGAGCUUCAAGUCUGUCCAGGCCAGGAGGAUGGAGCUGUGUCCUCAGCCACAAAGGAGGUGGAGGAGAUGCUGAGCACCUUGCAGAGUCGGCUGCGUCACACCUUGGUCCGUGUUGUAGUGUGGAGCGAAAACAGUGAAGUGAUCCACACCUGUGAGGAUGUUAGCAUCUCAAACAGAGGGACACUGGAGAAAGCAAUACUGACUGGUGCUCUGCAGGAGUCUUUGUCAGAUUUGUUAGCUGCUCGUCAGUGGUUUGGUAAGAGAGACGACUUCGGUGCCGUACUGGUCUCCAGUCCCCUCACUACUGACCAGACGACUGACCAGCACACCCUCAGACUUUGGGCUGAGAUGCUGCAGCCAAUGAAGGAUCAGUCUGGAGUGUAUAGUGAUGACCUCACAAAGAUCGCCUGUCCCACUGAGGAGAUGCCGUACCUUCGCACCCAAGAAAACUCCAAGUCAGUCUCCCUGAGAAUGACCACAGACACACAAUCAGCGCCUCGACUGAAUAAUGUCACUGGUAGUGAGCUCCCCUGUGUGGACCGGAACCCCUCCCCUUCAAUCCCCACCUCAGUUCAUGCGCUGCGCCCAGGUGAUAUUAAAGUGGUUGCAGCCUUGGGUGACUCCUUGACAGCAGCCAAUGGUGUCGGAUCUGCUCCCAGCAAUCUCUUAGACGUCAUGACUGAGUACAGGGGCCUGUCAUGGUGCAUUGGGGGCGAUGAAAACCUCACCAACGUCACCACUCUCCCCAACAUCUUGCGUGAAUUCAAUCCAUCAGUGGUGGGCUUCUCACUGGGGACAGGAAGUGAAAACUCACCAAAGGCUUUUCUCAACCAGGCUGUACCUGGAGCCAAUGCCCAUGAUAUGCCAGCACAGGCACGUGUACUCAUUCAGAAGAUGAAGAAUGACUCAAGAAUCGAUUUCCAGAAUGACUGGAAGAUGAUUACUAUGUUCAUCGGAGGCAAUGACCUGUGCGACCACUGCUCUGACAGCCUGUACUUCUCACCUGGGAACAUUGUGAGUCGGGUCCGGGAGGCCCUGGACAUCCUUCAUGCAGAGGUGCCCCGAGCUUUUGUAAAUCUCGUUGAGGUGAUGUACAUUGUGCCUUUGAGAGAACUGCACCUGGACAAAAGUGUCAACUGCCCCACAUUUCUGGUUAAUCUUCUUUGCCGGUGUGUGAUGAAACCCAUAGAGGGGACUCAGGAGCUCCGGACACUUGCGGAUAUCAACAGAGCCUAUCAGCGUGGCAUGAGGGAUCUGGUGGACUCGGGUCUUUAUGACAAACAUGACAACUUCACAGUGGUAUUGCAGCCCUUCUUCAGAGAGGUUGUGAUCCCCCUGCUGGAGGAUGGCCGUCCGGAUCGGUCUUACUUCUCGCCCGACUGUUUUCACCUCAGUGAGAAGGCUCACGCACUGAUGGCUCGUGCCCUCUGGAACAACAUGCUUGAACCAGUAGGCAACAAGACAUCCACGUAUGAUUUCUCUGCAGGCUUAUCUCUAGAGUGCCCAUCUCAGAGCGCCCCCUAUCUGCGGACCUACAAGAACAGUGACUACACAUACCCAGGACCUCCUACUGAUCCACCUCCACCCAGUAACUGGGGCAGUGAUUUCUCCUGCACAGAUACAGCUCCCUCCCCCACCGUGCCCACAUCAGUUCACAGACUACGACCUGGAGAUAUUAAUGUGGUGGCCUCAUUGGGAGACUCAAUCACAGCGGGCUUUGGAGCGAAAGCUAAGAACAUAUUGCAGCUUCCAAAUGAGGAGAGAGGAGUAUCAUGGAGUAUCGGAGGAGAUGAAACCUUGGAGACGGUUUCUACUUUACCAAAUAUUCUGAAGAAGUUCAACCCUGAUGUCUAUGGUUUCUCCAAGGGGCGGAGUGGAAGGCCAAAUGGUUUUAACGUGGCAAUUAGUGGGGCUAAAGCAGGAGGGAUCCCAGGACAAGUGCAGGAUCUGAUUACAGCAUGGAAGAAUGACAAGAACGUGAACUGGGAGAAUGACUGGAAGCUUGUGACUCUGUUCAUUGGAGGAAAUGACCUGUGUCAGUACUGUCACAACAGGGAUAGCCUCUCUACUUGGAACUACACAAAUUACUUGAGGGAAAGUUUAGACAUGUUGUACAAUGAGGUACCCAGAGUAUUGGUAAAUGUAGUAGAGAUAUUGGAAAUUGAAGACUUGCGUAAAAUCAACAGCAACGGCCUGGGUUGCACAGUUCUACAACCAAACCUGUGCCCAUGUUUCAUUCAACCUGGAGAGAAUUCUCCAGAGUUAUAUGAAAUGAAGCGGAUCAACAGAGAAUUGCAAGCAUACACUGAGGCUUUGGUCGAUGGCGGACGCUAUGACGGAAGGGAGGACUUUGCUGUGGUCAACCAGCCUUUCUUCCAGAACUCUGUAGUCCCCAUGACCGAAGCUGGCCAACCAGAUACCGAUUUCUUCUCGGUGGACUGUUUUCACUUCAGUGAGAGAGGCCAUGCAGGGAUGGCCAUAGCACUGUGGAACAACAUGCUGGAACCAGUGGGCAGCAAGCAAGUCUACAACAACUUCACACACGACCGCAGCAAGAUCCAGUGUCCUACAAAGGAUCGUCCCUUCAUCUUCACCCGUGUGAAUAGUGCCCCUCCAGGGCCCACCACUCCUCCAGUGACCACCACUGCCGCCCAUGUUCCAGACACCCCGGCGCCCCUGGAAUGCUCGUCUGGGCUGCCUUCUUGGGCCACUGCACUGCUGACCUGUGCAGGCCUGCUGCUUGGCUGGGCGGUAACUUCCCUGACCUUUUACUGCCGUAAGCGCAGGAGCAGGAAGAACAAGAAGGCAUUGCCAUCAGUGGAGAUGGCCUCAAAGUUCUGAUGCAGAGAAUUCAUUAUGAUCAUCACCAUCAGAAUCAGAACCAGAAUCACCUGACUCUUUAAGCACAUAGUGGGCACACAGCUUCCUCACCUUCACCACGUACAAUCUUUCACAUUCUCCUCAUGUAUGUUUUUUGAUGUUAUUAAGUUUGUUUGUUAUGAAGAUUGUUGUAUUAUGCCCUCACAAUUCUUACUGUUUUAUUGUGCUCUAACAUGUCAACUCUUCUUUUAAUAUUAUGGUUAAAUACUUAACAGAAAAGCUUAAAUGCAAGAUACAGCGUACUAACAACUACUAUUGAUAUCUACUACAGUUAUAGUAGAAGCUGAUAGUAAUUCGUUCAAUAUUUUUAAAUGGGAAAAAUAUAUUUUAAUAAAAAA